AUGUCUGCAAUAGUGUGCGGGAAGAGAUCUUUCUUAGAAGAGAUAGUAACAACGUCAUCGCCGGUGUCGGGGUCACUGCCGGUUUCCAAGAAACGUUGCUGCUCAUCCGCCACCUCUCCGGUUCGGUUCUCCUACUCGCCGCCGAGGAGUCUUAUUGAUCAACUCAAGGCUUUGUUUCCUGAUAUGGAUAGUGAGCUUCUUGAGAAAGUUUUGGAAGAAUCUGGCAAUAAUUUAGAUGCUGCUAUCAAGAGCUUGCUGGGGCUUCGUGUUGGAUAUGCAGAAGGUGCAGAGGACAACUCGAGUUUGGAGGAGGAGGGAGGUGGAGGAGGAGAUGGGGGAGAAGGGGAGGCGACGGGAAUGGUGGAGACGGAAUUGAUAAAUUAG